UGCUGAUUAGUCCAAUCCUUUUGUAAACAUGGCAUGUGCCGUGUUGUCACAGGUUUCUGGAGACAGCAGGAGCUCCGGUACAACGCGUAUGCUGUAUUUGUCUAUGGUGUGAUGCCUUUUGGAGAUACUGACGAGGAACCCUGGUGUCGUCUCCAUGAUGCAGACACUUUGGCCAGCUCCCAGCGGAAUAGUGUCCAUCAAGAGCAUCGGGCUCCCAAGGAUAGCCUCGACUUCCAACUCCAGUCUGUGUACAAUCACCACAAUGACUCCUUCUGCUCCAAGAACCAGAUAUUCUACCAGAAGAAGACUGUCUCUGAGGAGCUCAGGAAAUAUGAACAGUUAAAGCAGGACAUGCUGGAAAAGGACAAGGAAAAAGACGGCGUAGUGUGGGUCGAUCCAGAGAGGCGCGCCUUCAAAGCAUUCAGUGACGUUUAGUGGAUGAGGAUCCCCAGGUAUUGCAGCUGGUGUCCGGGUUGAUGAACAAUAAAAAAGAACCCUAAAACCUUU